CUUUUAGUCGCAUCAAAAUAAAAAAUGAUGCGACUUUACAAAGUGUAUCAUCGGCUCUCCCCUUUCUCUUCAUCUUGUUGCUGUCUCCUCCAUCCUUUUUCUCUCGGCAACGCUCGAUUCCCUUCUUCUACCCUUCGCUCAUUUCGCCACCUCAGAACUCAUUCUACAAACCUCUUCAAACCGGCCAUGUCCGCUUCCCGCUUCAACCGUCUCGUCCCUGUUAACUCCGCUCUUGCUGAAGACGGCUCCGCUGCCGGCAAUGGCUCCGCAAAUGCUUCUCUUACUUUCGCUGAAGAUGACGAUGAGAGUGUAAUCGGAGUUAAAUACCGUGUCCCGCCGCCGGAGAUUCGAGAUAUAGUUGAUGCUCCGCCGCUUCCCGCGCUGUCGUUUUCGCCAUUAAGGGAUAAAAUUCUGUUUAUGAAGCGGAGAUCUUUGCCUCCAUUGGCGGAACUAGCGAGACCUGAGGAAAAGCUUGCUGGUCUUCGAAUUGAUGGGAAAUGUAACACCAGGAGCCGGAUGUCUUUUUACACUGGCAUAGGGAUUCAUUCACUAAUGCCUGAUGGUUCUUUGGGACCCGAAACAGAGGUUAGAGGAUUGCCUGAUGGUGCUAAGAUUAAUUUUGUUACUUGGUCUAAUGAUGGUAAACAUUUGGCCUUUAGUGUUCGUUUUGAGGAAGAGGAGAGUAGUUCAAGUAAACUUAGAGUGUGGGUUGCCGAUGUCGAGACUGGAAUGGCUAGGCCGCUGUUUCAGUCUCCAGAUAUUUAUCUGAAUGCAGUGUUUGAUAAUUAUGUUUGGGUGGAUAACUCUACCCUCUUAGUUUGUACUAUUCCUUUGUCUCGUGGAGAUCCACCAAAGAAGCCUUUGGUUCCUUCGGGUCCGAAGAUUCAAUCCAACGAGCAAAAAACUAUCGUUCAAGUUAGAACUUUCCAGGAUUUGCUGAAGGAUGAGUACGAUGAGGAUUUAUUUGAUUACUAUGCCACUUCUCAACUCGUUUUGGCUUCCUUGGAUGGCAAGGUGAAGGAGGUUGGUUCACCGGCUAUUUAUACAUCUCUGGAUCCUUCCCCCGAUGAGAAGUACAUUUUGAUUAGUUCAAUUCAUAGGCCAUAUUCUUUUAUUGUACCAUGUGGAAGAUUUCCCAAGAAAGUGGAUUUGUGGACAGCUGAUGGGAACUUUGUUAGAGAACUUUGCGACUUGCCCCUUGCGGAGGAUAUCCCUAUUGCAUCCAAUAGCGUACGAAAUGGGAUGAGGUCACUCAAUUGGAGAGCAGAUAAGCCUUCAACUCUAUACUGGGCAGAGACACAAGAUGGAGGUGAUGCAAAAGUGGAAGUUUCUCCACGUGAUAUAGUUUAUACACAGCCUGCCGAGCCACAAGAAGGUGAAGAGCCAGAAAUCUUACACAAACUUGAUCUUCGCUAUGGAGGUAUUUCCUGGUGUGAUGAUUCAUUGGCUCUCGUGUACGAGUCAUGGUACAAGACUCGUCGAACAAGAACCUGGGUUAUAUCUCCCGGAUCAAAAGAUGUGAGUCCACGCAUACUCUUUGAUAGGUCAUCUGAGGAUGUGUACUCUGAUCCUGGUUCUCCAAUGCUGAGGAGAACCUCUACUGGGAAUUAUGUGAUAGCUAAACUAAGGAAAGAAAAUGACGACGCAACUUAUCUUUUGCUGAAUGGAAAUGGUGCUACACCAGAGGGGGACAUCCCCUUCCUUGAUUUGUUUGAUAUAAAUACUGGCAGCAAAGAACGAAUAUGGGAGAGUGACAAAGAAAAGUAUUAUGAGAGUGUUGUUGCUUUGCUGUCGGAUCAAAAAGAAGGGGAUAUACACAUCAAUGACCUGAAGAUUCUUACUUCUAAAGAAUCAAAAACUGAGAAUACUCAAUAUUACAUCCAAAGUUGGCCAGAUAAGAAAUUAUGUCAGAUCACAGACUUCCCUCAUCCGUAUCCACAGUUGGCGUCGUUGCAGAAAGAUAUGAUUAGAUAUGAGAGGAAGGAUGGGGUUCAACUUACUGCAACACUGUACUUGCCGCCAGGCUAUGAUCCAUCAAAAGACGGCCCUCUUCCAUGUUUGGUUUGGUCUUACCCAGGGGAAUUUAAAAGCAAAGAUGCAGCUGGGCAAGUUCGUGGUUCUCCUAAUGAGUUUGCAGGCAUAGGUCCAACAUCAGCUCUCCUUUGGCUUGCUAGAAGAUUUGCUAUCUUAUCCGGGCCAACGAUCCCAAUAAUUGGUGAAGGGGAUGAAGAAGCCAAUGAUAGGUAUGUAGAGCAACUGGUUGCAAGUGCAGAGGCAGCUGUUGAGGAAGUUAUCCGACGUGGAGUAGCGCAUCCUAACAAAAUCGCUGUAGGAGGGCAUUCCUAUGGAGCAUUCAUGACUGCAAACCUUCUCGCACAUGCUCCUCACCUUUUCUGUUGUGGCAUUGCUCGGUCUGGAGCUUACAAUAGAACCCUUACACCUUUCGGUUUUCAGAAUGAGGAUAGAACACUUUGGGAGGCAACUAAUACUUAUGUAGAGAUGAGUCCAUUCAUGUCUGCAAACAGAAUCAAGAAGCCUAUCUUGCUUAUCCAUGGAGAAGAAGACAACAACGCGGGAACAUUAACCAUGCAGUCGGAUCGUUUCUUCAAUGCCCUGAAGGGUCAUGGAGCUCUCUGUCGCCUUGUUAUUUUACCCUUUGAGAGCCAUGGCUAUUCUGCUCGAGAAAGCAUCAUGCAUGUCCUGUGGGAAACUGAUAGAUGGCUUCAAAAGCAUUGUGUGUCAAACACUUCUGAAGUGAGUGCAGAUAUUGGUAAGAGCAAAGACGGAGAGGGCAAAGAAGUUACAGAUAUUGAAAACAAAGCAGUUGCCGCUAGUGGAGGUGGUGGUGCGGAGCUGUCUGAUGAUAUUGAAAGUGGACAGUUCCAUUCCAAGCCAAGGUCAUUAAUGUGAUUACAUUACUGAGCUUCAACCCCGGGGGGAGUCAUGAUGAGCGGCACCUAAACAGCAAAUGCUGCGACUUUCAUAAUCCCAGAUAAUCGCUGCAGACAUCAUAUAAUAUCAAAACCCCAGAAUGCCAUUUGGUUUGAAUUCUUAAAGCACCGGCACCACGGUAUGUGAUCUAAAAUCAACGUAAACGGCCCUCGUUUUCCUGUCAUUGCCGGCUAUCUAGUUGUAAGUUUAUGAGAAAAGGUUUAGUCAUGUAUUAGUUUAUAGUUGAGAAAACUCGAAAUUCAGAAACUGGGUAUUGUUGGGGGGUCUGAAGCAAAUUGUGACAAAAUACGAUGAUAUUUUUAUUACUCUAUUUUAAACUCUGGAUUUGAUUGUUUAAGUUGCAAAAGAUUUGAAUGCUAGGGCAAUACGUUCAAUA